GCAAGCGGCUUUUGUUGGGGUGGUGACCGUGGCCUGUGACAUCCUGAUGACCACAUCGCAGACGCAGCGUGAGAGUUCGCUCGUAUCGCUGUCCACGACGUAGCAGUUGGACGGAGAUCGGAUGCAGGCCCAAAGCAUAUCUUGUUCAGACGGCCAUUAUUUGCUUAAAUGUGGAGUAGUUGCUACAAGGCAAGGCAAGGCGAGUCGUAGCAGCAGUUGUUAUACUGUACAAGUUGGUAGUAGUAUUGUUAUGAGCGGCUUGUCAUGACAGCGAAGUGGAGGUUGCCUCAUGGAUGUGGCGAGGGCCAUGCGUGCGCAUCUCUCAUCUGAUCACCCCUAGAGAGCAAAAGGCCGGGGCAGUUGGCUAGCCCGGUCCGGUAGCGUCGCGCCCUAAUGGCCAGUUAGAUAGCCCGGUCCGGUAGCGUCGCGCUCUAACAGGUUCUGAGUUCGUUUCUCAUCAGAAGUGAAUUUUCGGCUGUUUGGAUAAAAAAAUCUCAUCGCUGUGCUCGCCGCAAGGCUUGGCCCUCUCGGGCAUGGGCCAGGGUUCGGGGGUUUUCUUUACCCGGGUAAGCCUGUGUGGCUUCCUUUUAAUGAAAAAACGGUGGGGCCAUUUCCUCCCCGGGUAGAGUUUUUUUUUUCUGAUCACCUCUAGAGAGAGAAGAGAGAGAGCAGAGUAGAGAGAGAAGCACACAAAACGUGACCUCAGGACAAUGAAAUGAGGUGAGAUUGUAGAAGGUGAAAACCGGGGGAAAUAUAUCGCAUGGCACUGCAUGCAAGGUGGAGAUAAGAUCAGAGAGGUGUUUGUAAAAACAUGAACAUAAUUUCCGAUUCUCAAAGCAGCGACCACCACACCACCUGUGGGCGCUGGUCUCCUGGGGCACAGGGAGGGAAAUGGAGCUAGGUAUCCAAAGGCCCAUGUUCCUCUCCACCAGGAACUGCUAUGGGUCCCCACUCGAGUACCCUUCUUGUGGUAGCAGUAACAGUACUUUCCGUUUUAGAUGAAAAUAAAUGAGGAAACUUUAGGCUGUGUUUAGUUUCAAACUUCAAAAUUCCAAAAAUUUUGUAAAUCGUUUGUAUGGUGUAUUAAAUAUAGUCGGAAAAAAUUGCAUUACACAAAUGGACUGUAAAUCGCGAGACGAAUCUAAUGAACCUAAUUAGGUUGUGAUUAGACACUAAAUUGCUACAGUAAAGCUACAAUAACAUGCUCUAAUGCUAGAUUAAUUAGACUCAUUAGAUUUGUCUCGUAGUUUACAGAUGAGUUCUGUAAUUAGUUUUGUGAUUAAUUUAUGUUUAGUACUUCAAAUAUGAAAAGAUUCUCUUUCAAAAUUCAAAAAAAGAGAAACUAAACACAGCCUUGGUCAUUUGCUAUGCUAUAAUUUUAGAUGAAACUAAAUUAUGUACUCCUAAAGUCUACGUUUUUAUCAAUUGAGUACUCAUGAUGGAAAACGAUGGGGGAUGCCAACAAAUCUUAUGAAAACAUGGUUGAAAACUACAAACUCAACCAACUCUUAUCUUGUCCUCAUACGCUAUUCACAAAGUGCCAAACUACGGGCCGAUGGUGUCAUCAUUUGUACUAUUAUUCUAAACCUUUUGAUAUUAUACAAUAUAACAAAAAAUAAUUAAAUAUAUCUUACGAGUGAGUUUGCACACCUCUACUCCUGGCACCACAUAGGUUCUUCUGAUAGAAAAAUAUAUAAGAGACAAUAAAAUUUAAUUAAAUAUAUCUUACGAGUGAGUUUGUACAUCUCUACUCCUGGCACCAUAUAGGUUCUUCUGAUAGGAAAACACACAAGAGAACACCGUAAUCUUUAGUUUCACAUGUUUAGAAAAUCAUAUGUAAGCAAGUAUUAUUUGAAGUAAUAGAGCGGUUUAAAGGGAUCACCGGUAUCUAGACGGUCACACCUUACAGCCCCCAUCAGACGGCCAACUCAUAAACACCAAGAAGUAGUGUUGUGUGCAACCCCGUCCUUCUUCCUUGGUCCCCCUAGCAGAACCCCACCCCAUAAAAGCACCCCUCCACUGGCCGAACGGCGAGCACCACUCCCUCCCUCCUUCCUCCAGCUCCCCCCACCCCUCCCAAAACCCCAGUUCAAUCCCAGGUUUCAAAUCCGCCACCUUUUGCACAUACACACAUACACAGGGAGGCGCACAGUCACACUUCUCCCCUCCUACCCCCAUAGCUCAGCUCAGCUGCUUUACCCCAAGCAAACCAAACCCAAGGCCAAAGGAUUCCUCAAAAGAACCACUUCCUCCUCAUAGCUCGUGAGCGCGCUCUCUCUCUCCUCUUCACUCCUCCCAGCUGCUGCAGCGGCUGCUUAAAGAGGGGGAGGGAGCCAAGAGGGGAGGAGCAAUGUCGGAGCAGCCAUUGCCGCAGCCUCGGAGCAGCAUGCGGGAGGCGCUGGAAAAGGAGGACAAGGAGAAGGCGGCGGCGGCGGCCGCCGCGGCCAAGGACAAGGCGGCCAUUCCCAAGAACGGCGGCAACGGCGGGGGCAAGAACGGCGGCGGCAACGGUGGCGGCGGCGGGAACAACGGAGGAGGGCCACCCCAGUCCGGGGAGGAGACGGCCCGGGAGAUUCAGGUCGUGAGGGAGGCGUACCGGCGCGAGACGACGGCGCCGUCGUACGUCAUCCCCGAGGAGCCGCCGGCCAUGGUGGAGCUCGUGGGCUGGUACCUCUACGGCUUCUGCUCCUACUUUAUCACCCAUCUGCUGCUGCCGGUGCUCUUCCCGGCCAUCGUCACCCAGGUCGCCUUCCCCGCCUCCGACUUCACGCCGGAGUCCAAGUACACCGUCAAGGGCGCCACCUGCUCCAUCCAUGAGAUGUCCAUGUACCAAAGGCUUACUAGGCACUCCAUUGCCAUUGAUGGAUCCCGGUUGUCACCAUUGGGCUGGAGUGGUCUGUCAUGGGCAAUUGGCAUCCUCAUUGUGGCGCCGAUCCUCACUCAGACUGCUCACCACCUUGACCGUGGCCAGUAUCAGUCGCUCAUCCUCAUUGCCGCCACUUCCUUUGGGUCAUUCUUUUGCCUGCUCACUGGCUUCUUCAAGACAGUCUGGGUGUUCCUCUUCUACAUCCUCUUCAUUGCAGGAUCAAUCAUUGUUGCUGAGGCUGUGCACACCCGCAACCUUGGACUGAUGAUCCGUGGCCUUGCUGCGCAUGACUCAGGCAAGCACCUUGUUCUUCGUCGCCGUGCUGCUGCCAGCCAGCUCAGCUUGUACUGCACUGCCAUUGGAGGCAUUGGGGCAGCCCUCAUGGCUGCAUUCAUGUACCACAUGUUGCGGCGCACUGAUCAGCUCACUGGACUUUGGGUCGUCUCCAUCUUCAGUGGCCUUAUCUGGUUCAUUGGCAUCUGCCAUGGUCUUUUCACAAACAGGCCCAGCAGCUCAUCACCCGCCACAGCAUUCGAGCCCAACUUCUUCACCAAGCUCAGCUACAGCAUGACCCUUCUGCGUUACCCACAGGCCAUUGGCAGCUUGGUUGCUGUGUUCCUGUCAUCUUUUGCCACGAUGUGCAUCUUCACUAGUGGUACACUCUAUGCCAUUGGUGGUGUUUGCAUCAAGCCUGUGCUUGUGCUCGUGCUUUGGAUCCUUUACUUCCUGUUCCCCUUGAUAUCACUUCCACUUCUCCACCCAAUCCAGAUCAUCAUCCGUGCUGAUGCUGUUCGCAUGCAGCUGCUUGGUUUCAUAAUCUGCCUUUUCGUGUCUGGUGCUGGAUUCUACUUCAAGAGCCACAGGUGGAGAGCUGGCCACAUCAUUGUCAUCGCCCUUGUGCAGAGCACUGCCAAUGGUAUAUUGUACUCAUUUGGUCGCAUUCUGCUCCUUGACGCCUCACCACCGGGAAAGGAGGGUGCAUUUGCAGUCUGGUAUGCAUUUGUCCGCUGCAUCGGUGCUAUGAUUGGCUUCGCUGCUGCAUCAGCUGGCCCUGGGCGUGCUGGAGGAUCAUUUGCUGCUGCAUUCCUUGGGAGCUUCCUAGGCAUCAUUGUUCUGAUCUUCGGCAAUGUCAGCAACAUUGGGGCGCUGAAGGCUGCGGGGCACCUCAAGGGAAUGGACGAUGAGAAGAGGAUGGGUGGUCUUGGCAUGGAGAAAGGCGAAGGCAUGGGUAGUGCCGUUGCUGAUUCCGGCGAAGGCAGGGGGAGGGUAUGAUGACAAUUUCAAGAGACGGUGUAUUUCUGGGAGGAAAAGAUUGCAUUGCUGUGGAGGUUGUGUUUGUGAGAAGGAUUUGUUCUCUUCUUUCUUGUUUCUUGGUCGUGUUUCAGUGACACUGUUAAUCCCAGUGCGUUGCCCCUUUGAUGCAUGAUGAUGGAUGACAUAGUGGUAGAGUGUGCUAGUUGUUAAUGUGUUAUUCUUUUGCUUGCAAGACAAUUGUAACUGAUGAUGAUAUGGUUCCUUGUUCACCACCCGUCCAAAAAUCUCUUGCAAUCUCCAUUCAUAAUUUAAUUUCACUCUACGAAACUGUGAUUAUGUAGAAUGAAAUGUACUUCUGUAAA